AUGAAGUUCGAAUUGAUCAUCAUUCUCUUGUCUACCGUUCUGUUCCAUGCUCGUGCAAUUGGUGGCGGUGGUGGUGAUGUUUCCAGCACCACCAAAAAGAACAAUCACAAUCAGGGUCACGAAGGAAAUGAAAUCGAAUAUGACACAACAGUCAAUGAAGGAGGCCUCUCAGUAACCAUACGAAGGCCACUACUACCACCUGGUGGAGGUGGCAACACGCACAUCAUCACUUGGAACAAUGAGCAGCAUUACAAGUAUGAUGGUCAGUGCGACCUUGUGAUGAUGAAAGACGAAGUAUUUGCCCAAGGCCUUGGAUUGCACGUUCACAUCCGUACCAAGAUUGUUGGAUACUGGUCCUACAUUCAAAGCAUUGCCAUUCAGAUUGGCAAUGACAUUCUAGAGAUUGAAGGAUCCACGACUGCUGAUGAAAAGCAAGCCCAGUACUGGAUCAACUACGAGUACCAAGGAGACCUGGACACCUUUGCUGGCUUUUCCGUCACCCAGAGCGUUCCCUCUGCUUACAAGCGCCAUUACACCAUUGACUUGAAUCCCAAUGCUUCCAUUGUUGUUCAAGUAUACAAGGAGUUUGUUCGUGUCCAAUUCAAUGGCGAUAAAUCCGUCUUUGGCAAUACGGUCGGUCUUCUUGGAGACUACAUGACUGGGAAAACACAUGCUCGUGAUGGUGUGACUGUCAUUGACGAUUUCACAAACCGUGGUGACCAGUGGCAAGUCCUUCCGUACGAAAAGCGACUCUUCCGGGAAGCCUCUCGCCCCCAAUUCCCCGAACAGUGCUGGAAACCAAAGGAUCCACGCGGAGAACGCCGACGCCAUUUGGCCAACUCGGAAAUUUCCUAUGCCCAAGCGGAACUCGCUUGUUUCCGAGUCAUGUCCGAUCCUAUUUCCAUCAAGGAUUGUGUCAAUGAUGUACUGGCCACCCAGGACUUGGAGAUGGUUGGUGCCUACGAACAAGCAGUGAAUGAAUGGAGUGCUUGGUACUAG